AUGAAGGCCCCGUCAACCAUCCUCGCCGCUGCCUCGCUCAUGGCCACCGUGCACGCCCACGGCUACAUCUCGCAGCCCAAGGCCACGUACGACUCCACCACCGAAUACACCAAGUACAAUGCGCUGACCUCCGCCAGCGUGAACAAGGGCUUCAGCGGCGGCAAGUACGACGACAGCCCGGAGAACAACGCCAAGGCCUUCAACGACCACUGGAACGCCACGGGCUACAAGUCGCUGCGUGAGAUGCUUGACCCGAUCGCGCCGGACUACGGCCACUCGCUCAAGACGGCGACGCCCGUGGACGUGACGGGCUACACGGAGAUGUGGUGGCAGAACGACGAGUACAAGGAGGGCUUCAUCAACUCGCACUCGGGUCCGUGCGAGGCGUGGAUCGACGACGUCAAGAUCUUCCACCACGACAACUGCGCGGCCGAGUUCAAGUCGUACCCGGCCAAGGUGCCGGCGGACUACUCGUCGUGCAAGGGCGACUGUCUGCUGGUGUUCUACUGGCUGGCGCUGCACGAGCCCAACUGGCAGAUCUACAAGCAGUGCGUGCCGAUUACGAACGGUGGUUCGUCAACGACCCAAUCUUCGGGCAAGGGGGAGACCGAUGCCUCGGAUGCGGGUACUACCGAACAAACAACCCUGGUGGCGACUCCUGCGGCGACGACGACAGCGCCUAAGGCUGCUGUUGUGACUCCCUCGCCCGUCGAAUCUACGCCUGAACCCGUUGAGGCUACGCCGGAGCCUGUUACUGCUACGCUCAAGCCGUUUGAGGAGGCUACCGAGACCCCGUCGACGGAGGCGCCAGAGGUUGCUACCCCUGCCCCGGAGGCUGCGACGGAGGCUCCUGAGGAUGCUACGGAGGCUCCCGAGGCUGCUACGGAGGCUCCGGCGGCCAAGACCGGUUUGCGUAAGGAUUGCCAUGCUUAG